GAAGGGAAAGGAUUCUAUUCAACUGUAUGUGCAAAAGUAGGGAUGCCAAUGAUUUCAGAUUGAACACUUAAAGAACUCAGUCCUCAUCCAGGUCUCGGUAAAGACGCUUUAAGUCUUUUCCAAGUCAAUCUUAGUUACUGUCGUAAAUUUUCAAACAUGUGGUUCUUACGUGCCACGUCAAUUUUCUUCCUCAUUGGAAUUUGUUCAGCAGCUCCUCAACAAAGUUCUGGUGGAAAUUUGGAUACAUUAGUUGACAAUGUAUUUAAUCAGGGAAAAGCUUCUCAACCAGCAACAAGUUCCACCGGUGAAAAUGCAAAUUUAGACGAUUUAAUUGACAGUGUAUUUAAUCCUAAACAAAAUUUAGGAAAUCCCACACCGACAACAAUUCUUGGCACUGAUACUCAAAAAAAUAAUAAACCAGAUGAUUGCGAAUGCGUUCCUUAUUAUCAAUGUCAAAAUAAUACAAUCAUAGACAAUGGAAUUGGAAUUAUCGAUAUUAGAAUUCAAGGAGUUUGCGAAGCGUAUUUAGAUAUAUGUUGCAAAAUUCCCGAUGUCAUUAAAGAUCCAAAAGAUAAAAUCACACCACCCCCACAAGUUCGUAAGGGUUGCGGUCAACGUAAUCCAGACGGUGUUGGAUUUCGUAUAACUGGCUAUAAAGACAAUGAAGCUCAAUUUGGCGAAUUUCCAUGGAUGGUGGCUAUUUUGCGAGAAGAAGAUUUUAGUAAUACUGGCCAAAAAGUCAAUUUUUAUCAAUGUGGAGGCGCUCUUAUUCAUCGACAAGCCGUUCUUACAGCCGCUCAUUGUGUCAAUGGAAAAGAAGCAAGUUCAUUUAAAGUUCGUGCCGGUGAAUGGGAUACACAAACGAAAAAUGAGAUAUAUCCACAUCAAGAUCGUGAAGUUCAAGCCGUUGUUGUACACGAGGGUUUCCAUUCAGGAGCAUUAUACAAUGAUUUUGCUCUUUUAAUUCUUAAAACGCCGGUUGAUCUUGCAGAAAAUGUUGAUGUUGUUUGUCUUCCUAAUGAAGGUGAUGAAUUCGAUGGAGCACGAUGUUUCGCAAGCGGUUGGGGCAAAGAUGUUUUCGGUAAAGAAGGAAAAUAUCAGGUUAUUUUGAAAAAAGUUGAAUUGCCAAUAGUGCCACAUAAUACAUGUCAAAAUUCAUUGAGAAACACGAGACUUGGGAAAUAUUUUAAUCUCCAUCAAACUUUCAUAUGUGCUGGCGGAGAAGGAAAAGAUACUUGCAAGGGUGACGGAGGAAGUCCUUUGGUUUGUCCUUUGUCUAAUGAUCCAAGUCGAUAUGUUCAAGCAGGUAUUGUUGCCUGGGGUAUUGGUUGUGCGGAAAAUAAUGUUCCUGGAGUUUAUGCAAAAAUUGCAAGUGCACGUCAUUGGAUUGACGAACAAAUUGUCUACUAUAAUUUAGAUCGAUCCAGUUAUCAAUAUCAGCCAUAAAAAAAAUGUUCUCUUCAAAAUUUGACUUGAAAUUUCAAAUUAUCAAUUAAUUUCAAUGAUUUAAAAAAAAAAAAUUCAAAUUAACGAGAAAACAAAUUACGAAGACUGUAAAUUUAGAUGCAAUAAACUAAAAAAAAUUCCUCUCUUA